AUGUCUUUGGCUAAUGGAAACCUGAAACAGCAGCAAAAUGUGAAAGGUACGUUGCUAGGCGAAUUUUUUUUUUUGAAAAUCAAAAAAAAAUACAAUUUCUGAACACAUUCAUUCAUUUUACUCUAUUCUAAACGAGAAAUGCAAUUUUGCCGGCAAUUUCUCUGACAAACACAUAUUUCUCUAGACUCUCUCACUUCUUCACACUAUUACUUCCGCGGUUUUUUCCCUCUUUUCUUCUAGUUCGCUGAAAAAAUAAAUUUUUUCCAUUUUUUUUUCAAAAAAAAAAUAAAUAAAUAAACGUGAAAGACGUGUUUUUGGUUCGAAAAUGUUUAUUUUCAAAUUUUGUUUCUGCAGAAAAACGGGAGGAAGAAGAAGUGCAAAUGGGUUGGCAAUCGUAUGUUGUGCCGAUUGUUGGAAGCGCAUUUUUAUCGACUUUUACGUAUUUUUUGGGUGAGUAAGGGGGUUUUGCAACUAUUUUAUGGUUUUAGAGGCAAAAAUUUCGUUUUUUUCAAGGAAACUUGCAGAAUUAGAGGUUUUGAGGUCAAGAAAAAGUUCCAGAAAAUUUGAGGGUCUCGCAGCGAUCCUGUUUUAGUUGAAAAAUGUGCAAAAAGUACGCUAGAACUCUCAAAAAUCCCCUUUUCAAGCAAAAAACCCUGGAAAUCGCUGCGAGACCUCUUUCAGCCUCUAACUUGUCUGAAAAUCCACCGCAAAAACUAGAAUAUAGUUAUUCUAACUCUUCUCGACGAGACGAAUCAGAUGGUAUAUUCAGAAUUUCACGAAACCCUCUCUAACAUGCUGAAAACGCGCUGAAAAUGAAAAUGCGCAGUUCCUAGAUUUGUAAACACCGCGACGCACAAUUGCACACAAAUGCUAUUACCGUAGGAAAACUAUGUGAAAAAUGUUUUUUUAACGUGAAAACUGUGAAAAUUCAUGUCAGAAUCUCCGAAAUUCUGAAAAAUUGCAGGCAAAUGGGAUUAUUCCUUCCUCUGGAUUCUAUUAAUCGUCAUAAUAUCAGUAACAAAAUCAUAUUUAUGGCGAAAACGAGAGCGAAGAUUGAUGUCCCUCCGAUCAACAGCCCUCCGAGAGCGAGAAGUCAUCCUAGCACAGCUCCAAGAUCUCCCAGCUUGGGUUCAAUUUCCAGACACGGAACGUGUUGAAUGGAUCAACAAAGUUGUCCAUCAACUCUGGCCAUAUAUCGGAGAAUAUGCGCGAACUUUUAUGAAUGAUUUUAUCAUUCCUCAAGUCAAAGCGCAAAUGCCAGGCAUUUUCAAGAACUUCAAAUUCACAAAAAUGGAUAUGGGUGACACGGUGUGAAAAAAAAAACGUCUUUCAUCAGAAACAGCCCGCACAAAAUUGAGGGGGAGGAGACAAUGCAAACGCGCUCUAGCGAAAUCAAAGACUCCGUUCGUCACGAGACCCGCUCGUUUUUACAAAGCUUUUUUUUAGGCCCAACUUUCUUUUCUUUUUUUUUCUGGUUUUUUGGGGGAAACACGUUUUUUUUUGAUUUUUGGGAAGUUUUUUGUUUUUCAUACUUUAGUAAGUAAUAAUUUCGGUUCUCUUUUGAAUAAUUCCAUUUUAUUGCAUGAAAUGUAAAUGUUUCUCGAAGAAAAACCUUUUUUGUUGGAAUUUAUACUUUUUUGCGAAUAAUUUAGUGUUUUCAGGGGUUCUCCGUGUUUUGUCACGAUUCACUCGCGCCUCGACCACUUAUCAAAACUCAAUGAUUCUUCUUAUCGCCGAACAACCAGUGCAACAUCUCGAAUUUUUCGGAAUGGUUAGUUUUUCUAAUCAUUUGAGCUGAUUUCAAUAAUUUUUUACUUAUUAUAGGGCGGAAAAAGCAAAAAAAUCAACCGGAACACCGCUUCAUCAUUCGGAUUUGCUUGUGAAUGUUGUGCGCAAACUGGAGGAAUUGUUCAACAAUCAUCUGCAGAAAAUGCCAAUUGA